UUCAAAUCCACCAGGUGCUCCUUGGAAACUCUAUGGGACAGUUUUACUCUGUUCUUUAGGGUUGCUAUGAGUCCAAAUUGACUCCACAGCAACAGGUUUGGUUUUUGAUCUCUGGGCAUCAGAGAAGGAAGAACUGAUCCAAUCAUUCAGUUUGGCCGUGAAAGUAUUACGCUCAGAGUAGACAAUCACUUUAAGUGGAUUUUCUGGGAGGAAGCACAGGGGGUCCAAGAGGUGUGGUUGUGAAAAGAUUACUAUCUAGAUUAGGGCGUGGCCUCCUCUUGACUUUAUCCAAGUCCUUUAUUAGCAACUGGGGUUUGAACUUGCCCCAUUUUGGAUCAGGUCCGAGCAGAGGACGAUAUGGCAUCAAGGGCUCACCGGGAGACCGUUUGCACGGAGAAGCCGUGGUGGACCGUGCCUGACAACUUUGUGGCUCCAAACGUGUUUUACAUGGACGAGGAGCUGGAGGAACGCAUCUUCGGCCCCGGGGACGCUGACCUUCGCCGCAUAGAGGAGCACAGCGGCACUCUCAUUCAGCUGGAACGGUGGUUCUCCGCCUCUGGCCAGACGCGCGUCAUAAUAGUCGGACCGUUUCGGGCAAGGUGGUGGCUGCUGAACAUGGCCCUGAGCUUGGGGAGCUCGGACUUUGAACUUCAAGCCCAAGGCCUCAAGAUGCUGCAGCGUGUCCGGAGCCAGCCCCUAACGGAUGAAGUCCUCAGCUCCCUUCCCAUUCUGAAGCCAUGAUUUGAAGACCCAGUGGGUGUGCCUGCCUCUCUUGUGGAUUCGCAGGCACCCAUUUCUAUUGUGGUUUAGUAUGCAUCGCUUGUUUCUCCUAGGUCUCCUCGUAAAUGAUAU